AAGCUUGAUAAGCGUUUAAUACGCCACAAGGACCGGUUUGUGUAUUAUUUUGACAGGUGAAUCCAGAAACCGUGUGUGAUAGCACAGGUUAGUCUGGAAGGCGUGAGACAAGAAAGCGGCGCUUGUCAAAACCUGACACGCUAGCUGGGGCAGGGUUGUUUCCAUCGAGAAAAAGAGAAAAAAAGAAAAGAGAGAGAGGGUGGCCACCGAAACCAAUCAGGCACCGUCCAGCACCUGAACCAUCCGUCGGAUCUAUGAGUUAAGGCGAUCAAUCAGCCGGCAGGCGGUGGUGGGGAAAAAACAACAACAACCAACCAACCAACCAAACAAACGCAAUUUACGGUCAUCGGUUCCUUAUUGGUGACAACAUGGCUGAGUGUGACCUUAGCAUCGACCAGGAGAAACUACCUGGAGUGAAAGAGGUUUGCCGAGACUUUGCUGUGUUGGAAGACCACUGCCUUGCCUACAACCUCCAGGAACAAGAGAUUGAGAGCCACUUGGCAUCCAAUGUGAACAAGAGCCGUCUGGUGCAGCAGGACCUUCAGGUGGCCAAGAAGCUGCAGGAGGAGGAGGAUGAGAUCGCCAAGGUCGUGAUCAAGAAGCAACAUGUUGCCAUCGAGCGCCAGGAUAACGAGAUGGCCCAGGAGAUUCAGGACCAACUGGUUCGACAGGCUGAGCAAAAACGACGACAGCAGGAGGAGAAAGAUGCGGCUAUUGCUCGUAAGCUUUAUGAAAAGGAGAUGAAAGAGGAAAGACGACGACAGAAAAACCUGGAUGAAGACUACUAUGAGAAUCCAGAAGCUGUGAGACAACCCCUCGACCUCGACAAGCCCACGCGUCACACGUCUAGCUCCCCAGGCCCUUAUGAUGUGUAUUCUCCAGUGAGUUCCCAACGUGAUCACUCACCAGAUUAUAAUUCGGUUGAGCCAAAAAAGAGCAGGAACCCGAAACAGGAUCCAGCAGCGCCGCACAGCCGUUCCAGGUACCCCGAGCAUUUCCUGGUGGCAGAGGGAGGCCGGGGGAGACAUGCAGAUCCAUAUCCAGAUAACCUGCUGUCCCCCAAAGGCAGGCGUGGGGACAGGUAUCCCGAUUAUGAACCUGUAGAAGGUAGGAGAGCACAUGACAUAAAGGCAGAGGACCCCGAUAGAGCGGUAAGAAGGAGAGAGAGGCCAGCUCAUUCUCCACUGAGUCCCAAGGAAAGAGACAAGGGCUGGGAGAGAGACCAGGACAGGAGACAUGACAGAGAGAGUGGCAGGGAAGUAGAGCGGGACCAUCAUUUGAGGAAACACCAAAGGUCAGACAGGGAGCAGGACAUGAGGAUGGCGAGAGGAGGAAGAAACAGGGAGCACUCCAGAGAUGGAGGACAUAGUGAGGACAGGUGUGAAGUGAUAGACAAGCAGACACACAGAGGGAAGGAUGGAGAACGAGCAAGGGCCAGGAGCAGGGAAAGGGCCCUUGAUGAUUUCGUCGAGCCGAGGGGGGGCAGAGUGUCCCGUGAGGAAGAAGAGGAUGAUGCAGAGAGGGCGAGGAGGGCCAGGGGUCGCCAGCGGGUUCAAUCCGGCCCCGACGAAGUGUUUGAAGAGCACAGGAACAACGACGGGAGAGGUGACAGCAGAGAUUUGUGGGAAUCUUCCGGCAAUCGUACACCCACCAGCGACGAGACAGGUCGACUUGUGCACAAAGGGAGUGGAGCAGUUGUAGAAGCGGAGUACGGGCUUGGCGAGGCCACUCGGGACCUGACCAAGCUGGAUAUGCGUGUGCAGGAGUCCAAGGACUUGGAGGUGGCCAGAAGAAUGCAGGAGGAGGAAGUCAAGGCAAGCAAGAGCCAUGUGCGUGCAGCCCAAGUUGCACAAGAUGAGGAAAUCGCUCGGCUGCUGAUGGAACAAGAGAAGAAGGAGUACAGAAAACAUCGAGAACGGGAGAAAGAGCGGGAGAAGGAACGGGAGGAGAAGGAACGAGAGAGGGAGAGGGACCACUCUGCAAUGGAGAAAAUGGAAAAGAGGCGACCGGAGGGGGACCAUAGGUCAAAUUCGGAUAAUGUUGUUCGACCUCGAACCCGAGAUGAGCAUGACCACCAGAGGCACAAGAACCACCACAGGCCUGCCAGGCCACCUCAUCCUCGUACCCACGAGUAUGAGAAUGUGAACCCUGGUUACGGCUACGCCGACCACGCCGCUCCCCAACGGGCGCCUGCCAAACCCGAGGCUGCGUACAAAGGUGCCUAUUACAAGCGGUGACUCAGGCUCCAGACAGGCUGUGUGUCCUCCUCUGUCUCCUCCCUUAUUUAUCCUCUUGUCUUCACCCAUGCACACUCUGCUGACCAAAAGCCUUCGGACAAUCUGAGUUGGCAAUGGAUCCCCUCCCCCCCCACCCCGGCCCCACUCGGAGAAAAGAACGUGCUGGAAUCUUUGUCCCUUUUUGGGGGGAUAUAUUUCUUAAAUUCAGAUUCUCAUACCUGUCAUAAAGCCCAAAGAGCAGCCUCAUCUCAUGCAGUCAUUCCCAAAGUUCCUGGCGGUCAAAACAGAGGCUGCAUUCACUCCGAUGCGUCAUCACAAGGGCUCCAGGCCUCUGACCCACGCCGCCUCGUCAGCUCACAUUCCUUGACAUCUUUUUUUGUUUUCAUGGGACGUGCCUGCUCAGUCCGACGUGGCCUCAACAUUUGGCAGCUGCUUCUUCCACCUUAAAAGCUGUCAUCGGCGUGCCAUGCAACAAAAAAAAAAAUCAAAGGAGCCAUCUUUUUUUUGUAUUUUAUUUUUUUAAAUCAAGAUGCUGGCAGUUGGCUUUUCACUUGUCCACCAACAUCCCCCCCCCCCCCCCCCCCCCCCGCACUCCAGAGGCGGACUGUAGAGGAUUGGCACGAACGCUUUUCUGACUGACCUUACAUUGAUAGUGAACGGAUUAUAUCCUGUGUGACUCACUGUUCCUACUUGCAUUCUUGCUGAACGUUUUAAAACUCUACAAGCCUUUCUGCGCCACAUAAAAUAAACAAAACCAGGGGUGGGGAACCUACGGCUCGUGGGGCAUAAACGGUCCGCCAGAGCAUUUGAUGGAGCACACCAUACAAGUCUAAAAGUUGAUCAAAUUGGACAGGAGCUGUUACAAAACCAACAUUGUCAUAAAAUAGAACAAUAAGCAUGUUUUUGUUAAUCAUAGUCAAGUAGUUCUUAGCACAUCUCCCCUGUUGGGUUAAUGGAAGUUGAAUGGAAAUUGGCCAUAGGUGUGAAUGUGAGUGCAAAUAUUCUCUCAAUGUGCCCUGCUAAAAGUCAGCCUGCAACCCUGAUGAGGACGAGUCCUAUAGAAAAUGGGUCAUAUUAUAUAUA